AGGCUUGGGACUGGCGGGCGGAGGAAAGAGACUCAGCGGCUGAUCCCGGGCCUAGGAGAGGGGAGGAACCCCGCUAGCACCGCCACUGAUGCGUCCACGCGGUCGGGUGCACCCUCAAGGGGUAGCAGUUUUACAACAUCAUCAGGAUUAUAUACAGGAAAUAAUUCACUCACAAAUUUCUCUGGAUUUAACAGUUCAUAGCAGGCCUAUCCUUCUUUAUCCCAGUUUUGGCCAGGGUCAGUAUGCACCGUAUUAUAAGAGCUCACCAUAUCCAGCACAUUAUAUGACAAGCAGCAACACCAGCCCGACAAUGCCAUCCACCAAUGCCACUUACCAGCCUCAGGAACCUCCAUCCGGCAUGAUGAGUCCAGCUAUCACUUUUCCCACAGCAGCAAAACUGCAGAACACCUGCUAAAAAACUGCUAUGGAAUGAGUUGUGUCUCCUGCUUUCCUGUUCAUAAGUUAAAGUUCUAACCCUCACUCCAAGUAAAUAUGUUUGGAAAUAAGACCUUUAGAGAGAUAACUGAAGUUAAAUGAAUUCAUGAAGGUGGGACCCUAAUCCACUGGACUGGUGACCUUAUCAGAAGAGGAAGAGGCACCAGCAAACAGAAGAAAGACUUCUCCUUGCUGUGAAGACCUGCAAAAAGAUGACCAUCUACAUGACAGAAAAAGAGACUUU